ACUGCACAGUCUGCCACGCUUUCGCUGCUAGUAUACGAGGGGCUAACAUACUAUCUACAGACAAACAAGCCCACUGCGAAGAUGACAUCCGCCAUCACCGAGACCACCGAGCAGACCGCCACCAAGUCCGCGAACACCCAGAAGUCGAGAAACACGUCGCGCCAGCCUCCGAAAGACACGGUAAACGCUUCUAAGACUACCAUCACCACCCACGCAAACGAUCCAGAAGAGGUCGUCGAACCGAAGAAAAAGAAGAAGCCUGCGGGACUCCGUCGCCGGCCCCAACUCGGAGACCCAGGCGUUGCUCGUCCCGUGGUCAGGAAGAAGUCCGAGUCCGAAUCCGAGUCCGACAACGAUAAGGAGAAUAAGGCUCUCCAUAAGUCCAUCACGAAUGACGGCACAGCCAACGAGAGCGAAGACGGCUCUGAGAAGGAGACAUGGAAAGGAAACGAGCGCGGUUCGGACAAGGCUAGGACUAGCAAAAAGCUCGAGAAGAAGCCGGCACACAAGAGCCAGGAGCUCCUCACCGACAGCAAUGAAGAGGAGGACCACAAGACCACCCCUGCAGUUAUAACCAAAGAGACCGCUAAGACGCCGUCCAUGACGCAAGCUACUCGCCCGUCGAAGAAGAAGGAUGAUGACGAGGGCAUCGACCCCAAGAACAUCAUCGACGGACCACGCCGCCGCCGCGGCCAAGGUGGUGGUUCGUCAACAAACAAUGCACGCGGCCGUGCUGCUCUUCGCUCUAUGAGCGGGAAGCGUAGGCGGGACGGCAGUGACGACGAGGAUGCCGAUGCGGUGGAACCCGCGAAGAAGAAGCCGGCGAUCGGAGGUCGUAAUAUGGCUCGGCCUAGGGUAAGCAUAGACUCACGCGAUCCUAAAAGUCCAAUACUAACGAGGAGGCAGGCUCGUCUCACGGCUGCACCACCCACUGACAUCGAAAUGACGGAUGCUCGGCCUGUCGAGGUUGCAGCUGUUGCUCCGGUUACGCCGCCUUUGGUUGGGAAUGUGUUCGCGCGCAGCCGUCUGUCUUUCUCCGACUGGACUAGCAAUGGCGACGGCGAGGAGCUAUGAGUGCUUAAGGCUGGCCGCGUCUUUAGCUCGGAGAGAGGGUUGCUCUGCCUUCUUCAUCUUUGAUGGCGUUUAAGUGUCGUCGGGAGCGAUUGAU